GUUUGGCUUUAACGCUCAACUUUUCAUUGCCAUAGAGUUGUUUACAAAUGGCGACAUUAAGUGAUUGAUAUAAACGUAUUUUUAAUUUAAGUUAAUCUAAAUACUAGAUCUACUGCAGAGAAGAAAAAUUAAUAACUAAAAAAUGACAGGAGACAAGAAGGAAAAGAAAAAAGAAAAAUUUUCUCCUGAGAUUACUUCUGGUGUCUUUAUUUUUCCCAAUGGAGAUAAAUACGAAGGGGAUUGCAUACAAACAGAGCUUGGUUCUCUGGAAAGAAAUGGUCAAGGCACCCACACUAGUGUUUCUGGCAUUGUUUAUGAAGGUUCAUGGGCCAAUGACAAUAUGAAUGGUAAAGGAAAAUUAACUCAUCCUUCUAACGCAGUUUAUGAGGGUGACUUUGUCAAUAACCAGUUUCAUGGACAUGGAAAAUACACAUGGCCAGAUGGUUCCUAUUAUGUUGGGACAUUUGUAGAAAACAGGCUAGAAGGUGAAGGAGAAUUUUAUGAUACAGAGGGUCAAAUCUGGACUGGAGCUUUUCGUUUUAGAGCUGCACCAGGUCUUAAAUUCAAAUUGAAUAUGAACUAAUUUUGUAAAUGAUAUUCAAUGUUCAAAAUGAAUCCUGUAAAUAGUUCUUUCUAAAUUAUGACUCAAUCAUUGCAAUUUAUUUUUAUAGUGGAUUAGGAAAAUAUUUUAACCAUGCAUUUUUUGGAUCAAUUACUUGCUAACUAUUUAAAAUCAAAAUAGUUUCUAUAAUGUUUAUAUUUCUUUCUUUUUGGUCCUAAGUUUUUAUUACAUGGUAUGAUUCACAUCACAUAAUCACAUAGGCUAUAUGUUUGUUAUGAAAUGUGAAGUAGCAGGCUUGAUGGCAGCAAUCAUUAUAAAUGCUCUGCCUCAUCCAGAAAUCCCACCCCAACCAGAUCUCUUUAUAUACUCUUAACACUUAAGAAAGUUUGUUUUUUUAAAUAUGAUGCUUAAAUUUUCUAUUUUCAACUUGUGUUGCUUGGAACCAAUCAUUAGACUUUUAAACACACUCUGUUACAUCAGUGUCUAUCAGUUAUACUAGAUACAAGUUAAAGUUGCUGAAAAUAGUAACUGGAUAUUGACAAAUAAAAAUGCUGUAUCAGAAUUACCUCAAAACUUUCUUAUAAUAAAAGCAAUUAUCUCAAAGUGGUAAAAAUGUUUAGAUUGUUCUACAUUGUUCUAUUGUGGUAAAUGGAAUAAUUAUUUAUUUACUUCAAACUCAGUAGAUUAAAUGUGCUGAUUUUGAACACAUUGAUGAUGAUGUUUUAUACAAUUAUGAGAUUGACAUACAACAAUAAACUGCUCUAUUGAUUA